GCUGACUCGCAUAUCCAUCUAAUCUGCACGCCCUGCACACUACGCACCUUGUAAAACCAAUGCAAAAUGCUUUCCAGCCCCGCGGUCUCGAGUCAACGCAUCACAGCGCACAUCCCAGGCAAGACUACCCAAGACUGAGGCCGAACGGCCGUCAACGCGAUGAGCGAGGUAGACAUUCUUCGUCCUGCAGGCUACAAUGAACGCAGAUGCAUCUGUCGCGAUGUCCUCGGACUCUAUGGCUAUAUUGUCACUUGCGCGACAUAUACUGGACCGGCUUCACCCAGUAAAGCGAGGAUAUAUGGCGUGCUGAAGGAGUGCAUCAAGCGGCAUCCUGUCCUUAGCACUGUCAUUCGGGAUUCCGCGACGGAGAAACCACAGCUUGGCAGGGCCAUCCGGAUGAAUCUGGAGAAGCAUUUGAACUUCAUUGACCUGCCAGACCAGCCAACGGACGCCUCACAAAGGCUGAAGGAGUGUCUCGAACGGAUUCACAACGAGCCACUCGCGGAGUAUGAGCAAGUGCCGCAGUGGAGAGUCUGGAUCGUCUCAUCAAACACGUCGCGAUCGAAGCAAGCACGGAAUGAGUUUCAGGUUGCUUUUGCUUGCUCUCAUGCUCUCUUAGAUGGUGGGUCUGGAUAUGCGUUUCACAGGACCUUUUUACAAGCACUCUGCAACGCCAAUGCAUUGGAGGCAGACGAGGACUCGACAUUCACGGUCCCGGCGAAUACGGAUGUACUUCCAGCUCUGGAUCGGGCUGCCGUUCUACCCAUCUCUUGGUCGUUCCUUCUGGCGCCGCUGCUCGGCGAAUACCUCCCAUCCUUCCUCGCCAGUGCUCUAGGGGUGAAAGAUGCGGCUGGCAAAGAUGCAUGGCGCGGUGCUUUGAAGCGUCCGGACCUCCCUGCUCCGAAGAAGCUUCUAUCUACCGCCGUGCACGUUCUCUCCGUGCCUGGGACAACGGUGCAGAGAGUCCUCAAGACCUGUCGAGAGCACAAAGCGCGAAUCACUGGCCUACUCAAUUAUGUUGUCGCCCAUGCUCUUGCGCAAACCUUGGCGAAGCAUGGUGAACACCACAACACCUUCGUGGUGCAGACGGCAAUGGAUCUCAAGAAGUUGAUUCCAGGAGCGGAUGGACAGAUGGCCAACUACGUCUCCGCUAUGGAGGAAAGGCUCAGCGUACCUUCUACGACGGACAACGCAGAGCUGGAUUGGGAAGCGGUAAGGAAGAGCACUGAUCUCCUUGCUCAGAAAUCGAGCACGCUUGCCGACCAGCCCAUUGCUUUGCUCAAGUAUCUAUCGAAUAUCCGUGCAUGGGUCCUCAAAAAGGCGCAACAACCUGCGGAGGCAGCUUUUGAGAUGAGUAAUUUGGGUGUAUUUGAUGGGGGAGCUCCGAUGACGAGCGUCUGGACUGUCACAGACAUGGUCUUUUCGCAGUCGGCGGAUGCUACGAGUGGCGCGCCUGUGAAUGUCAAUGUUGCCAGCGUCAAAGAUGGAGCUCUGAAUAUCACGGUGACUUGGUGGCCAGGAAUGCUGGGCGUAGAUGACGAACAAGGGUUUGUAGCGGAAGUCUGCGCAUCGAUUGAGGAUCAACUAGAGCGGAUAGAGUGAUAAUGGUGAAGAGUUGAUUACAACAACCAUGGUGU